AUGCCAUCAUCCCAAGAACGAACUAAAAAAACGGUUCCUUCCUUAUCAUCAUCGGAAUCAGCUUCGGAGAGUUGCCGAUCAUCAAACCUACUACCAGUUAGACAAGCCCAAAUUUCAUCAAACCCACCUUCUUGUGUGCAGUCGCCCCAACGCCGAGGAGGCCUUAGCUCUGCCUCUCCUCUUCUUAAAUCAUCCCUUCCUCAACGAAAUGGUUCAUCCCAUAUGAACCCUCUAGGUCCUUUAAAAUCAACCAUGACGUAUAAACCAGUUCUGGAAGAUCGGAAGACUGAGACUGUUAAUGGUCGUAUCGAUCCAAAGGAGAUCAUGAGAAAACAAAUUUAUGCUGUCAAUCAUAUGAUGAAAAUCAUUGAAAAUAAGAAAUGGGAGUUAUUGAAAGAUGAAUCUGUAAAUACUCGUGCAAGUUAUACGUUGUAA